AUCUAAGGGCUGUUGUGGCCAGCUUAAGCAGCACAAUGAGCUGAGCUUUGGUAAAUGUUUCAUGCUCUGCAGGAUUCCUGGCGAGAGGCCCUUAGGUUCAGGGCAAAGUAUGAGCGGAGAAAGAUGAGGCAAGAGGCUGGAGAAACGACUCCUGUGACAGUCAAGAGGCCAUGCAAGCCUAGCAUACCUAAAGCUGUUCAGAAACGCGUUGCAAGACCUUACGUGGUGCAUUUAUUUUUUCAGGCUACUGAUCUCUGUGAAGCAGAGGACGCAGAAAGUAUUGCGGCGCAUAUAUCUGGCAUGCAGAAAGAGUUGAGGAAGGCGAGGCCAGACAAAGCAUACAUCAGUGACAGCAUGUCAAGGACGUUUUCAGCACGACGUGCAUGGAUUUCGAAAGAAAUACCUUCCGUGGAGCAGGUCACAGAGAAGUACCCAGCAUUGAUGCUGGCCACUAUGGUAAAUUUUACUCUUAAGGGGAGAUGUGGCUGGAAACACCCGGGUGCGUCGCAUCAUGUCCCAACCAAUACGUACGAGGCCACUAGCCUGCUGCAAGCAAGAGCCCUCUAUGUGCAGCUUGAAUCAAUAAAGAUUGAUGAAUAUGGCCUUGUACCUGCCCUGGCAACGCAGAUUGCCCUGUACUGGGCAUUUGACAUUGUUUUUGCACCAAAAGCGCAAAAAACAUUCGACUUAAUAUGCCGCAUGGUUGGCAUUAACAGCGGUGUGCGGCCAACUCCGCUUGUGCGUGUGGCACACACGUUGCUGCAUUGAAAGAAAAAUA